GGUCUGUUUCGUCUGGCGGCGGCUGCCUCGGUGGUGAAGAGGCUGAAGAUGUGUUUGGACCAGGAAGCGGUCGACCACAGCGAGUUCAGCAUGGACCCUCACGCUGUGGCCGGAGCUCUGAAGGGUUACCUGCGAGAACUUCCCGAGCCUCUAAUGACCUCUGAACUCUACAACGACUGGUUUAAAGCAGCAGGGGAAAAAAACUUGCCAGAGAAACUGGAGCAGUUCAGAGUACUACUUAAACAACUGCCGCCUGAAAACUACAACAACCUCAGGUGUGUACUUGCUGU